AUGAUUCUCACGAGUGAUCGCUGUGUCUAUGGAUGGGGUUAUAAUAUGUACGGACAGUUAGGUUGUGGACCAGACAGUGAUAUACGAAAAGGGGACACAUUUCGAGUAAAUUUCAAUCCCUAUCACGAAAUUAAAAGCAUUUAUUGUUGUGCUAACUCUUCAUUUGCCAUCACAUCAGAGGGACAGGUGUAUAGUUGGGGUCGAAAUGAUUGUUAUAAUUUGGGACACAAUUCAUCGGAUAAUAUAUGGGAACCACAACUCAUUGAAGACAUGACUGGUAUUAAGACUAUCUGUUCCAGUGGUUACUUCCCUUACUUCUUAUCAAACGAUGGAUUCAUUCAUUUUUGCGGAGAAUAUAGGAAUGAAGACAACGAACUUGUUUCCGAAGUGAAUGAAUACAACCGUUUGUACGAAGAGUUGUAUCGAUUAGGUUCGGGAGGUUUUGGGGAAGUGCUGACCAAUUACGGGAAUGUAUGCGAGAAAUGCAAAAUUUGAUAAAAGUUAGGUCAGAAUAUUGUGUCCAAUAUAUCAAUCAAUGGUAUGAAAACAAUGUGUAUUACACUGAAAUGGAGUUGUGUUCCCAUAGUCUGCAGAAUAUUCUUCAACACAAACCACAAGUGUUUGGUCGACAACCGGAAGAACCUAUGAAUUCAAUCGAGUUUUACAUUUCGUGUCAUAUAUUCAAAGAGGUCUUAGAAUGCGUUCAAUAUUUACAUGAAUUGAAUCCUCCGGUCAUUCAUAGAGACCUCAAACCUAACAAUAUAUUACUGGCGAAGACUGUAAGGAACGGCAGGUUUUUCAAAGUAUGUGACUUUUGUUUAGCUACUGUUCACCAACACUCGUCAGAUAUGGGAGACUUGAGAUAUCAGGCACCAGAAGUGGGUCAAGGAGUGGUCUAUAACCAUAAGAUAGAUGUCUACAGUUUGGCUAAAAUUGCAGAAAAAGAUAUUUUUGGGAUUCAUUUAGAGGACAAACCUUUACAAAAGUAUUCAAAUAAUGAAGUUAUUAAUAAAUGUCUGAUUGAAUUAAAAGAUGUAUUGUAUUCAAUGUCAUACUAUAACUGGGAUCACCCACACAAACCCGGCCCUCACUGUACAGACAGAUCCGAGUGCUCACAAGUCUUAGCCAAAUAUAAUGAGUGGUCUAUUGAUAGGAAUUAUCUCGAAAAUGAUCCCACAUUUGAUUCCACACUAAAACUCAUUCAACAAAAUGAUUACAAGUUUUUUGCGGAAUUUUUUAAUGCAAAAUAUG